UACUGACACAGCAUAUCCACUCUGCGACGUUUGACCUCUGUCUUUCCCACAGUACUUACCUGUAUGUUCCCCAAAUACAUGAAAGCGCGUUCAAGGGAUGGAUCCAACCCGCUUUCACGUCAAUCUCCCUGGGACCCUGGCAUCAAAGACAAUGAAGUGCCAAAUCCUCCUGCUUUGUUGCCUGGGGGUGUGCAUGUUGAACGUUGCAGCUUCCCUAAAAAUGUGUGCCUUCAACGUUCAGAGCUUUGGGGAAGCCAAGGCCAGCAACAAAAAGGUCAUGGGACUUUUAAUAAAGAUCCUUGCCAGGUGUGACCUGUGUCUGAUUCAGGAGGUCAGAGACUCUAAAGGAGGAGCCAUACCCCAGCUGGUCAAGGAUCUCAACAGGUUCGAUAAAUCCAAUUCCUAUGCCUACAUUGAGAGCAAGAGGCUGGGGAGGAAGACAUACAAGGAGCAAUACGUUUACAUUUACAGAGACAACGUGCUGCAGGUGAAGGACCAUCAUCAGUACCACAAAACGGAGGCAGAGGGCACAAACGACACAGACGUUUUCUCCAGAGAACCUUUCAUUGUUCGCUUUCACUCCCCUGCAACGCUGGUGAAGGAUUUCAUCCUGAUUGGUCAGCACACCAGCCCCAAAACAGCCAUGAAGGAGAUAGAUGAACUGUAUACUGUCUUCAAGGACAUCUACAAGAAGUGGAAGAUGGAUAAUGUUGUGAUCCUAGGAGACCUUAACGCCGGAUGCAGCUAUAUCACCAUCAAGGGCUGGAGAGCGGUGCGCCUGCGGAGCAACCCCAAGUUCAGCUGGCUGAUCGGAGACGAGCAGGACACCACCGUUAGGGAGAGGACACACUGUGCUUACGACAGGAUUGUUGUCCAUGGACGCGAGAUCCUCCAUGGCAUUGUCCCGGGCUCAGCUCAACCUUUCAACUUUAAAAAGGAGUUCCACCUGAGCGAGGAGGAGGCUCUGGAGGUCAGUGAUCACUUCCCGGUUGAGGUGGACCUGAAACCCAACCACCGCUACAGGCUGCGUAAUGAAUUAUAGACCAGACAGGACAAUCAUCCUCAGCAGCCAGCUCUCCCUUUCCACUCGACCCCUUCUGUUUUACUGGAUGAACACAUUUAGUAUACAUAUUUGAUCAAUUUAUUUGAAAUAUUUGUUCUUAAAUAUAGUGGCCAUGCCAACAACAGCAACAUAAUGAUGGAAUGGUAACAGUCGGUUGUACUCAGAGGCAAAUAAACAUCACUUGUUACAGUGUG